CCCCGCUGGCUUCCAGCCUAGGGCCAAGGUGCAUCAUCAGCACUUUGGGUCAGGCACGCACGGCGCAGCCGUGCAGCCAGACGGGAGUUCCGCACCACCCGUCCUGCGCGACGGUUCACCCGGAUACUCGUUCGCGAUUGCGUACCCUUCCGCCCUGCGUGGCGGACCACCAGCAAGUCGCGUCCUACCGAGAACCACCGAUCAAAUAUAGUGCAGCCACCGGCAUCCAACCACCUGAGUUGCUUAUCUCUCCCCAAACCCGGACUUCCAACCUCCUACGGUAACAUGGUGCUUCGGCCGCGAACGACAACGGCUUGCCCGGCAGGAGCCGAGCGAAGCAACCAAGAAAUUAAGAAGACAAAUCAAGUUUUUAAAAUUCUUAGUGAAGCAUUAUUAACGAGCAGGAAACACGCUCGGGUGCUACGGAAGAUUUUGGCCGCAUACCUGAAGGAGAACUGGGAGCGACUUUACCCCCACUGGAAAGACACCAGUGGCUACCAGCUCGCCAGUGACUGCUGUUCAAGAUUGGCAACCGGGGUAUGUAAUUGGCCUGUGGCUGUAAAUGUAGCAGCUCACCUCUUUCAGACAAGUAUUUUUGUGAGCAGUUCAAAUGCUAUUGAGCAAUGUUUUGGUCCUGGAUCCUCAGGACGUGCCAUUCGAAUUUUCACAUCAUUUAAUGAAGAAAAUGGUGAACCAAAUUUUAAAUUUGCAAGUAAAUGUGAUCAAGAUCCCUUGAGUGAUUGUCCAACGACGAGUGAAGUCGUUCCAAGCAGUGUGCCUACUUCUCCACCUGUGCCCAAAGACCCUACCAAGAUGGCGCCGAGCACCCACAUGGCAAGCGGCGUGCUCGGCACGGGGUCCACACCCGCGGAACCCACGGACACGACCCGCUGCGAGACUACAGAAAUGGCUGCCCCCUGCGACGAACUGCAAUCCGCGGCUUCGAAGGCGCAGCCUUCCAGCGAACACGCGCCCCUGCCCCGCGGCGGUCAGCGCGGCCCGCGCCUCGGCCCAGGCCCAGCAGCUGAUGCAGCGUCAGCGGAUCCCGAUGACAGCAGCGGCGGCCGCUGCACGCCGCAGCCCGCGUCCGCGGAUGUCAACAAACCCGGGCAAGACUGGUUGGCUGAACUUGUCGCGCGGAAACGAAAAUUGGCCCGUUGCAAGUGUGGAGAA